AUGUGGCACAUGCGGCGACCUUUUCUCUCCACGCACCAAGCAUUGUUGCGAACCAGCAACGCCGCCGGCGACGACGACGGCGGCGGCGCCAGCGGCAGUGAGCCCGGCGCCUCUGGAGAUGGCGGUGGCGGCGGCAGCGAACCCGGCGAAGACUCCGAGCAACUCGAGGAGUACAAGUUUGAUCCCGCCGACAGCCGCUACCCGCCGGGCCGCGAAGGGCGUCGGCUCCUCUGGGGCGCCUCGAAGGAAGGACCGCUGCGCCACGGGCUCGAGCGCGGCCGCACACGAAGGGAGACCCGGGAGCUGCAAGGCCCCGAGGAGCUGCCGGGUCCAGACGCCGAGCCAGACGCCGAGCAAGCGCUGCUGGCGGAGAUCAUCGUGGACUACGUUUCCAACUCGCUGGUGCGGGAGCGGUACGACGAGGAGCAGGUCAACAUCGAGUACCGGCGUGAGAUGCAUGAGCUGCCGUACGGCACCGAGCUGCAGGAGGAGGCGUUCGGUGCAGAGGCAGGGGACGACGGGUCAUCGCAACCUCUUCAUGACCCGCAGCUAAGUAUCCCCUCGCGCUUCGGCCAAAAGCCAAGUGAUGUAGAGUGCGUGCCCUUGACGUCCAAGCAUGUCCUUAACUCCAAGUACAAGGUGCUGUGGGAAGCAGACAUGACAAAGGAGCUCGACGGCCACAAGAAGACGGGGACGUUCUCCGAGAUUAGCGGUCUGCCCGAAGGGCGUAAGGCCAUCAGUGCGAAGUGGAUUUUCUCGCACAAGACCAAUGAGAAGGGGCUGAUUGUCGACUUCAAAGCACGUAUGGUUGCGCGUGGUUUUUCUCAGAUUCCCGGUGUGGAUUUUCACCACUCAUCAUCCGCAUGCCCUUCCGCGGUGUCCAUCAAAACUAUGGUGGCCGUAUCCACCGAGAAUGGUAGGAGGCCUGUCCACUGGGACAUCAAGCAGGCGUACACACACGCCAAGCUGAAGGAAGAAAUCUACCUGAGGCUUCCAGACGGUUGUGGUGUUUGGACUGGCAAGGCGGUGAAAGUCGAGCGUGCUCUGUAUGGACUUAAGCAGAGUGGGCGCGAGUGGGGUGCAGGGUGGACUCCUGCAUUUUCCGCAAGGUGGUUGACGGAGAAGUCGUCGGUCUCAUCGUGA